AUGGAUUUCAACAAGAUCUACUUGAAUGAGUUGCAAAAAAUGAGGGAAAGCAUGAUGUUUGACAUGAGUCAAGGAUUUGCAGGUAAUGAUGGUUCAGAGUUCAUAACAUUCGUCGUUACUAAACCAUCUUCUGUUGUCUUCGGAAAAUUUGGUAUGAGUAUUGCUACAAAUUUUAUUGUAGAAAUUAUGAGUGUUAUUGCAGCUUUGAAAUGGGCAGUACUCAAGACUAAGGAUAAGCCCCCACCACCAUUAGCUAGCGACGGAGCGAAGCCAGGGAAUCCGAUCGUUGUGAUUGCUCCUCAUUUCUGUGCACCAUAUCCAGUAGAUCUUACCAUAUCAAAGAAACUUCUAAGUAUUGGUGAAGGUAAUUUUGGUGUUUUCGAUAUCAAUGGCAAUAUUAUCUUUAAAGUUAAAGGUAAGCUUCUUAGCAUUCGCGAUCGCCGUGUCCUUGUCGAUGCUGCCGGUGUUCCUCUUGUAUCUCUACAGCAGAAGAUAGUGACUUGCCAUAGGAGAUGGCAACUAUAUAGAGGAGACAGCUCAGAUUCAAAAGAUUUGUUGUUCAGUGUGAAGAAAUCUAAGCUUUUGCAGCUCAAGACAAGUUUGAAUGUUUUCUUAGCAUCAAACACAUCUGAAAAUGUCUGUGAUUUUAAGAUCAAAGGAAGCUUUUUUGAGAGAUCUUGUGCCAUCUAUGCUGGAGAUUCUAACAACAUCAUUGCUCAGAUGCGCAAGAAACACACUGUCCAAAGUAUUGUUCUGGACCAGGACACGUACUCGAUCACAGUGUACCCGAACGUUGAUUAUGCAUUCAUUGUUGCCUUGUGUGUGGUUCUCAAUGAAAUCAAUAUGGAUAGAAGUGAUGAAGAUUAAGCUCUUAACAAAGUAUCAAUAUGGUUGUUUUCUGUUUAAAUAUAUAUAAAAGUUAGACUGAUCAAUAUAGUAGACUGAUAAAGUACUAUAUGUUUGGGAUGAUGUUCCAGUUAACCAAUUGAAUAGCCAUUAUGGUUGUUAUUCAAGUGUCUUUGCAUCUAAGUUUUAAGCACAUGAAAUUAUCGCUAUAAAACCUAUUAUUGCUCCAA